GUGGCGGCCAUAUUGCGAGUUUCUUACAUCAAUAUAUCUGGCUAUAAGCCCAAAAUCUUUGGUGUUGCACUUAGUGCAUCAUCAAGUGAGCCAUGCAACCUCGUGACACUGGAGGUGGAGCUGAAGAAGCUGCUGAUGGAGCAGCUGUUGAAGCAGCUUUAGAUAAGGUGAUUCAGCUUCGUGAGACUGAAUGCCAGUUUGAGAAUGGGGCCACACCACCUGUGCCCUUUGUAGAGAUAGCUGGUGAGGAAGUACAAUAUGUCACGACCCUGCCUGAACGAGGUCUUCUCGCGCUGUCCAACUACCGAGCUGCCGUGCAGCAGCGCAGCAAACAGUUCCAUGUACCUCUGGGCAACCUCGACUCCAUUUCCACUGUGAAUGACACAUCUCUUGUGCUCAUGUGCAAAGAUGGCAAGAGCUAUGGGAUCCGUUUCCUGUCGGCAGAACACAGCGCUGUGUGGCUAGAGCGUCUCCAAGAAGCCAUAAUUCCUCCAGCAUCUUUAGAUAAACAUUUUGCCUUCAAGUUCUACUCUCACACUAAAGAGUUUCAUCAUGACUUGCACAGCAUCUUUUCCAGCACCAAUAUCACUGGACUGCCAUCAUAUGAAGACUCCUAUGAAGAGCGUGUGGACAAACUUUUUGACAUGGAGUUGAGUCGUCAAAAGUUUGACGUGUCAGGAGCAUGGCGCGUGACCAGCAUCAACUCCGACUACAGUUUGUGUUCGUCAUAUCCCCGAAGGCUGAUCAUUCCUUCAUGUAUCAACGAGGCUAGCCUGCAGGCUGUCUCACAACACAGAACUUCAAAGCGCAUCCCUGCUGUCGUCUACAGGCACGCGAGCACAGGUGCGGUGCUUGUACGUUGCUCGCAACCUACGGUGGGCAUCUGGUACUGGCGCAGUAGCCAAGAUGAAGAUUUCCUAAAGGCUAUUGCUGAGGCUUGUGCGUACGACGUACCAAUUAAAAAUAACAAAAGCGGCGAGAAAACAAGGCUUGAAGUACCAACUGACUCUGAAACCAUCGAUCCUGGCAUUAAGACUCAGGUGCAAGUUGAAGAACCGGAGGAAGUUCAGAAGAUCCUUGAGGACUCAAUACCUCAUCCUCUGUACAAUGGUAAUCAAGAAGAUGAUGACAUUGACGACAGCCAGCACUUUGAAGGAAAGCCGCCAUAUUCCAUUAGUCGAUCAAUUGACAUUGCUACAGGCGAAGGGUGCAAGAUACCCUCAGCUCCCAACAUUCGGCAUGCAUCAGACAGCUUCAGUAGCGAUUCAACGUCUCUUGCUAGCCGUUCUUUUGAUGUAUCCGAGUUUGAAAUUCAUGCUGCGGGUUACAGUUCUGAAAGCAGUGGGCCAUUGUCAUCACGCUCAGGUGAACUCGGCUUUGACGCUCCUGACCCUGGUACUAGAACGCCUACAUCUGAUAUCCAGUCACUCUACCAUCUUCCAGACGCCAGGAAACAAACAGACAUCAAGAAAGUGCUUGUUGUGGAUGCACGGUCCUACACGAACGCUGUUGCCAACAGAGCACGUGGAGGAGGCUUCGAGUAUCCCGAAUAUUACAGCAGAUCUGAUAUUCAAUUCAUGAACUUGGACAACAUCCAUACUGUCCGAAAAAUGCAUCAGACUCUUUCAAACAUCGUGGCUAAUGUUCCUGACACCACAAGCUGGCUGUCAGCAGUUGAAGGAUCACGCUGGCUCUGCUAUUUGUCUCAGCUCCUCAAAUCGGCUAUAAUUGUUAGUAAUGCAAUCGCUGUAGAAGGAAGACCAGUCGUUGUUCACUGUAGUGAUGGCUGGGAUAGGACUCCUCAAAUCACUGCUUUGGCUCAAAUUAUAUUGGAUCCAUAUUACAGGACUCUUCAGGGCUUCGAGGUGUUGGUAGAGCGAGAGUGGGUCGAGUUUGGCCAUAAGUUUACGGACAGAUGCGGUUACAGUGGUGGAAGCAACGGCAGUGAACGUUGUCCUGUGUUUCUGCAGUGGCUUGACGCCGUACAUCAGCUACUCCAUCAAUUCCCCCAAGCAUUCCAAUUUAACCAAGCAUACCUUGUGAAACUUAGUCAACACAUCUAUAGUAACUUAUUUGGAACUUUUCUCUGCAAUACUUCUCAGGAACGUGUUGUGAAUGAGCUGCAGCAACGCACAUACCUUGUGUGGUCCAUCUUCAACUUCAACACCGAACGAUACAUUAAUUACUUCUAUAACCCUACGAAGCAGGUGCUUUCUCCUGCCUAUCACACCAAGGAUUUGAGACUUUGGGCUGCCGUCUACAGAUCCUCUCCUCUUGCACACGCUGACGACCUCAACACCUCUGCUUCUUUCGGCAACCAGCCAUCCACUCUCGACCUGUGUCCGGAGCCUACCAGUGACCACGAUACAACAUUGCCUGGGGAUCUUGUGAAGACCCGUUCAUGUGAUGACCUGACACAGCAGCCACAGCUGUCUCUCGUCCGUCACUCGUCAGAUAGCAACCUCAAAGACAGCUCGACGAAUCUUGCGAUGCUCAGCUCAGCCAUCGGCAAUGAAAUUUUCCAUACAGAUGAAAACGAAGAGACUAUAGAAAUGUCAAACCUUGACACUCGACUGCUUCGGAUUGGUGAUGGUGCCUCGAUGCGGCCACGUCUGUACAGCAAUCAUUUUGAUGUUGACACAGAUGUUGACCAGCACGUGAUGAACGGGAAAAUGUGCGAUGGAGAGGCUGAUGUUACUCUUGAAAAGCUUAUCCCCGUGUGCAGGUGUAUUGAAAAAGAAGAACGAAAGCGAAACUUGUGUGACUGUGCGGACGAUUGCAACGCGUCUCAGUGUAGCGUUAACAUGUCCUUCAAAAACCUCAUGAUGCUUUCAAACCCAUCUGACAACUUUUCAGCCUUGCCUAGGGAAGUUUAUGGCAUUCCGGAAGCCAGCAAGCGUUGUUCUGAAGUUGCUUCUGAAAUUUCCAACGGAAGUAUUGAGAAAGCCAUUGAAGCUGACGAGAAUGGAGUGGUCACUUCGGAUGAGGAGCUAGACCAGAAUCUGGCUGCCAUCACCAAUGGUUUUAGUAAGCUCAAGAUAGACACAAGAAUGCACAAGAGUGACUCAGACGUUGGAGAUACGAUGAAGUGUGAAUUUUCAGUACAAGGCCGAGAGCCUGGCGCUAAAAGAGGAAGCACCGACACUCUGAUCUGUGAAGGAAAUAUCUGUGAUGACUGUAAUGGCGUUGAGCUCAGCAACUGCAGCCUUCAUCUUCACUGCUGUGGCUCCAGCAAAUUUACACCAAAAAGCACUGGAAAUUCCAACAGUGCUUAUGGACUUGACGAGGAAAUCGUUGAAAACCUCAUGAGAAAAAAGCUCCAGCAUACACAAGCGCUGUCCAAUGGAGCAUUCCAACACCAAGCAGGUUGCCGGCACCAAACUAGUGGUUGUCGUAAAGAACCUCAAGUUUAUCACCAUCACAUUCACGGUGCUGAUGAACAGAACUCAGGAUCCAGUUGUUCGGUGUGCGUGAAUAGUUCAAGGAUAUUAGCAGACGUGGAGCUUGUAAUGCAAAGUGGCAGCUUACAAGCAACGCGACGUAACAGCGCCAGUGAAGCUUGCUCAUCGUCUGCCAUGGCAAGGUCCGGCACCGAGAAUAGCAAGACUUACAACUUCGCUAACAACAAUAACGUUGAGGGUGGCAGUGGUUGCCACAGUGUGCCGAGUGGCUCAAUAAAUGGUGGCAGUGCGAGUGGCAGCAGAGUUGCCUCGAGCAAAUCCACUCCUGGACAUUCUAGGAGUCCGUCUUCAGGCUGCCCCUCGCACGGAGUUCCUAUCCAGCCUCCUGUGUUGCCUCCUGGCGAGGAUGAGAGAGGAGUAUUCUCGCGCAGCAGUAGCAGCAGCAGUGGUGGAGGAGGAGGGGGGUGGGGAGGGGGUGUUGACGGGGUGGCGGAGGUACGAGAUGACGUGCAAGCGAUGGUGCAUCAGCUCCUCACGAGGCAUCAGGCUGAAGUAUCGAAUCUGCGCGACCAACUGGCGGUGACGCAGAGAGCACUGCAACAGCAGCUGCAGCACACGGCACAUUGCAGCACCGCGCGCCAGCUCACUGCUGCCGCGCACGACCUCGACCUUAAUUCAGUGGGCGAAUCUGCGAACUCGUUAAGUUCUUGCGGUGGUGGUAGCGUCGAAUCUGGUGGCAUAUCGGACGCGUCGUGGGAGAACCUCGUUCCUGACGACCCCCCAACGACACACGGCUCUCGUGAUUGUGAAAACAACGGCACCGUGCCCCCGGGGGUCACCAUUAUGGGCCGAGUGCCCACCCUCUGGGUCCCUGAUCACACCGCUAACUUCUGUCAUUCUUGUCACGCCAAGUUCUGGGUUGGACUUCGAAAGCAUCAUUGCAGGAGCUGUGGCGGGGUAUUCUGUAGCAAUUGUUCUGGCCAGUCAGCGGCGGUGCCCCGGGAACAUUUCUACCAACCAGUGAGAGUGUGCCGCUCCUGCUACUCUACGCUGCAUCAACAUGUGGCUCCAGCACCGAGCACCAUCUCUUGUAUUGAUGGCGGAUCAACUACUGACGCGUUCGCGUCAGAAUUAUCUGGUGAAAAUACAACUCGGAACUCCACAUCUCAGUCAAGCUCUGCAUCGGGAUCAGCUACUAUAACACCGGUGAAUACUCCCAGAAACGGUUCUAUUUGCAGUAGAAAUGGUGACAACGCAGCCUUGAGCUUCACAGGUGCAAGUGUUUAUAUGAGAAGAUCUGGUUUGACCGAGCAGUUCUCGCCAUUGUCGAAGUGUAGUCGCGUCGCUGGCCCUGUGUCAUCAAGCCCUAAUGGAAGCACGGGCUGUAGAGGCAGCUGCAGUAGAGUUAACUGACAGAGGGUACUCCAGAAGACCAGGUCUUGUGACGAUGCAAAACUUGCCAUUUCUAUUCAUCAUAAAUCUGCAAUGAAACAUUUAUGCGAGUUUGAUUCCAACACGUGCUUGUGUAAAGUAGGAAGCAGGAAAGUCAGUACCAAAAUGUGUUCAAAUUUAAGUAAAAUAAGCGUGAAACAACGUAACUUGUGUACGCCGAAGGUUUCGUUGUGUCCCGUAGUAACAGGAGAAAAGUUAAAGCAUUGCAUUUUUGCUGUACCUGAUUCAAAGCAUGGCUUUGGGCUUACAAGUUCGAGUUAUAGAAUAUAUCCAUCACAACAUCGAAAACAAAAGAAGCCAUUAGAAUUAUCUGCUAAAAUUACCGCACGAUAUCUACACGGGAAAGGCUGUAACAGUACCUUAAACCUGAUUGAAGCUCCUCUCCGCUGUCCUAUAGUCGGCUGUGAUUCGCCAGGUGAAUGUCAUGUCAUCGUUGACAAACCAAGCCAUUCCAGAAAAUAUGACGGAAAAUUUUUAGAUGAAAUUUAUUGUAAUUCACACCAAAUUCGUUAUUCGUUCUCUAAUCAGAGGCCUGGGCUAGGUUCUUCAUGUACUGUAAAGUCCAUCCAUCAUGAAAACUUGAAGGGAACUGCAACUAAAUGCAUAGGUAAAGUGAGUUGCGUUCUGUGCGGACUCGCCGCAACUACCACGAAUUCUAAUCUCAAUGAAGACUUUCGCUGGCAAGACAGGAUUCAACCUCACCACUGCGACACGUCAUCCAUCAUCCAGAGAAAUGACGCGGAAGUAUGUAGAAAUUAUGACGUAAAUAACGAGAAACCUCAAAUGAAGUUACCAUCGUCCAUUAAUCCGACGCAACCGACAGCUACACUAAAACCAGUAGCUCUUCUAGCUAAGAUAGUGCCGGUGAUGUCCGAUGAAUUAAAUUUAUCCAAUGCAAAUGGCGAAAAUGGUGACUCGUCUGCGGCCAGUGAUGUGCCUGGUUAUGACAGCACCGAGAGUGAUCCGCAGUUGAGGCUUCAUGAUACGUCGUCCGACUGUGAGAAGCACGAGGCUAACAAAAAAAUCACCACCAGUUGCACACUUCUCCCUAUGAUGGACAGUAUAUCUGACGAAAUUGAUCAAGCUAGUACGAAAGAUAACACGAAUGAUGCACAUAUUGAAGUCAGUAAUGUGAAUGAUCAUGCAUUGUUUGACGUUAACCCUGUGAACGCAAAGCCUCGUUCCGGGGAGUCCAUCGUAAUUGUAUCAAGUAGUGAACCCAUUUGUAGCAUCAAGAGCCCCUCCAGCAGUGUAAUUACCUCGUCAGCCACCACAAUUUGCCCCAGCAGUGGCAAGUCGUUCCUCAUGAGAUUACUGAGUUCGAACAGAUUUACAGCUUCAGUGGCCUCGCUGAACACAGAACCUGCUCCUGUUACUGCUGCAGAUCCCUCGCCAGUCGCUGCACCUGCUCAAUUAACGGGACACGACGUCGUUGAGAAUACACAAAGGACAGACGAAGAUGCGCAUAAAUAUGAACAAGGAUUUUCAGCAGUGGCUCAGGAAAAUGAUGAAAGUGAAUCCAGGGAAGUUUAUGUUAAUGAUUCAAAAUGCAAACGCGUCUCUGCUUGUAGCGGUAACACUGUGCUGUGCAAGUACGCGGUCAGUCGCAAGUGCGGAAUGGAAGAAACAAGGUUCAGUACCACCAAAGAGCACAAGAGUAAUGCGCGUUUGAAUAUCAAUGCCCCAGCUAACUAAACAUCACUACAGGACAAACUCCAGACAUUAGGCGGUAUUUUCAUCGUUUAUCUCUGUAUUUGAAAAUUGUGUUAUAGCUUUAUAAAGAAUUCAAGCGCUCUACGUUUAAAUAAUGGAUUUACUCCCAAGCUUAAGCGUCCUAAAAUUUUGUUCAGCAGGCAGAUGCCUAUUGCAGCUGAUAAUAUUUGCUUCGUAAUUUGUCAUAAGCCUUAGCUCCAUCAGAAGCACCAAAAAUGAUUCAGUUCAUGCUUUAUCAAAAAAAAAAUAAUUGAAAAUGAAUGUAUUCCGCGAAUGAGGAACUUCAAUCUUUAUUUUGCUCAGUAAAUCCGUAGUUAAUUUUAAUGGUGCAUGAGACUGGACUAGUUAAUAUUUUAUUUAUGUUCAUUCGCUUUAAGCUCUAUCUGCUAAGAAAAUUAAUUGUUAACUUAAGAACGUUUCUUUAAUUAUUUUAGUGACCUAAUUCCAUUAUGCUUAACCAUAACCAGCAUGCCAAUACCUUCACUAAACCCUACAACAUACAUCGGAACUCGCAGACAUCAAGUGAAUCACUAUCACUGGACACUAGGAUUUGAUUAAGUGCUGUCGGGACAAGAGAUCAAAAGAAUAACCUUAUUUUCUCGAGUUCUUUACUCAGAGGUAAAUUUAAAUGUCAUAUGAUUUAUGCAUCAUCUUUGGCAUAGCAAUUUCAGGCCUUUCAGUCAUACCAUUUUUAUGAAAAAAAAAAACUCACUUAUACGUACAGCAAAUCAGAGAUUACCUUUCUAUGUCUAGUGUUGAGAACACGGCGUGUUAACUGUGAUGAAUAGUUUCUCGAGAUGGCGAGCGUAGCCGCCAUAACGGCAGUACCGCAGUGAGAGUGGUAUGCUGGUGAUAUCUAUACAUAGACUUCUAACGGGCUGUGUUGUUUACCGACCGUCAGAGUAGAAUUGUUGAUAAUCUUAUUCGUGUAGCUGUAAUUAAUGAUGAGAUGUUAGCGUCGGGCUAGCGAAGAAAUAGUUCUAGUUUGUUGGACGGUCAACCUGACAAAAAAGCCAAGAUUUUUUUAUUUCCUUUAGUGUACUUAAUGAGACUUUUAAUUCAUCUCUCAAUCAUUCACUUGAAUACAUAAAUCCGACUGAUAUUUCGAAAUAUUGUCUUCUGAAUUGACCUUCCCUAAUUAUUUUAUUCAGACUUUACGAAACGAAAUUUUCCUCUGGAAAAGAACAACUGUUCAUUUUUAGAUCGAAGUGUAGCGCAAGAUUUUGAGAAGCAAGGCCUUGUCACAUCCUACUUGUGUAUUCUAAUCGUGUACAAACUCAAGUUUUUGUUGCGUGUGGGAAUAUCCCUGAGAUUUCUAUCAUGACGUUUAAGCCUAUUUGGUUUAAGUAUUCAAUGCAUGUAUUUACUGUCUGUCGCCUCUUGUUGAGUUAGAAGAAUUAUCUAGUUACAUUAAUAUUACCUUUCUUCUGCAGAUGUUUGUGUACACUAAACUAGGUUUGUGUGUGCGCGAUUGAUGCUUUUCAUAUUAAUAGCUUUAUACUGAGGGAGUUAGUACCGUAGUUAUAUAUAAUUAUAAUGUGGGAGACAUUGUUAAUUUUUUUAGAAUAUUUUUCUAUGCUUGCUAAUUUUCAACACUCCUCGACGUCGUAAUAGAUAUUAUUAUUGAGGUUACAUUGAUGCUUGUUGCUUACGUAUCCGCGUGCCCUGAAUGAGGUGCUAUUACCAUGCGUGGGGUACCCGCAUCGUCCUAACGCUGUCGUGUGCGCACACUAGUUUCAUCAUGGAAAUUAUGAAGUGUACGUACGUACAAGAUUGUGGUCCGAUAAUUAUCGGAAAUUAAGAUGAUGCAUGAUGCAAAAUCUGUGUGUCUAUGUACCACCUCAUUCUACCUCUCACCUGUGUUUACUCAUACCCAUGACUGGCAAAUGUUGUGAAUCUUAAUUUCAGGUAUUGGGUGGAGCCAUUGCCAUACCAGGUUAUAGUUGAUGCAAUUGUCCUACGUAGCAAAUUAAAACCCGUUCGUCUUGGAGUCGUCUGAGAAAUUUUUUCGAAAAAGGUGCACCAUGUGAUUGUGACUGCAUUCACUGAAAUGACAUUGCAAUGGUAAAAUUUGCCCUUUGCAUGCUCCUAGGAAUUUUUAGUCAACUUGCUCUUGGUGUUUGAAUGUAGGUGGUGUUUCGGAUUUUAAACUGUGGCCCAUGCAUGAAAUUUCAUUGGUUUGCGUUUGUUGUUUGAUAAAGAUUUCAACUUGAUCUUCUUGAGAAAAAGCCUCAGACUUUCCUAGAGUAAAUAGAAAUUGGUGUCACUUGAUAGAAGUGCGGACGUGAGUUCCUAGACGUGUAUCAUCUUGCUGAUUUCAUUUCAGUGACAGAUUAUAGUUUAAAAUUUCCUCGUGAUCAUGAUCAUAGUUUUGUGCUCUAGAAAGUCUAUUCAAAUGGAGCCAGUCUGUCGUAAUUACCCUAUAGAUCGGAGUUACUCAGGGAUUACACCAGCGGGUUCUUACACAAGCACUUAUUUUUUCCAAAGUUUCGUACCGCGAGUUUUUCCGCGGAAUGGGAAAUAGGAUAUAUAUUUUAUAUAUCCUAUACGGAUAUAUUUUAUAGUCAAUCUUUCAUUUGCAAUGAAAAUUCUGGAGUAACUCAUAAUGACUUAAAAUGAAAUGUAUUCUAGUUGGUAAUCAACAAUGGUUUUCUAAACAUUUAAAGGUGAGCGGUCUAAAUUAUUCUAUACACGCUACGUUUAUCGUCAGUAUGGUUCUCAUUGUAAGUGCGAAAUAUGUCCACAAAAUCUGUUCGGCCUGCUUGUAAGCCUGUUCGUGACGUUUGUUGUAAAACAGAGUGAGUCUAUUGUUACUCAAUGAUUUUGCACCAAUUGGUACACCAUAAAGCAAUGAACGCAAAUUAAUCUUUUUGCCUGUAUCUACAAACAAGAUUAAAAUAGUUCUCACAUUAUCCCGAAAAGCCUCUUACGUCAACCAUAAUGUAAACUGCCCGAAUAAAACGAGGGACGGACGCUUUCCAGAAAAAAACCUUGCUUAUUUACCGCACGUUUUCACAUAACUAAAUAUAAGCUGAGCUUGGUUUUAGAUAUACUCUAGUCCGUAGACGCUGUACUCCUGAUUAGUAAACUUGUGCUGAAUGAA